AGCCGCACAUUCAUGCAAUCACAUGCGAUCUUGGGGGUCAGGGCAUGCAUGUGCCCGAAGCUCACUAACCCGAGCACGGAUCUGGAAACUCUGUCGCAGGCGAGUUCCAUGAGCUGAUUCGGAUCUCCUAUAUAUCCACUUCUGUUGUGAUCACGAACCUCGCGCCCGCGGAGACGAUCCGAUGGGCAGAAAAAGCUUUUAGAUUUUUGGCUUAUUCAAACAAAUAGGCGGGACCGCACCGCCAUUCUGGAAGAGGCAAAAGAUCUGGACAGGUGCAAGUUGCACCGGUCCACUUGAUGGAGCUCAUCGAGCUUUCCCAUAUAAUGAGGCUGGAGCACGACAGAUAUUCCGCCAUGGCCUAGACAGUGAGUUACAUGGCAAGAGACAAGCGGUGUGGAAACAGAAGGCCUCUUCAGAUUAAGCAGCACUAGUGUCGCGGCAACAGGAACCUCAAUCUAAAACGCGUCAUGCAUGCGUGCCAUCCGCAGACUAGCCACAGACGAGACGGGGUCGAUUCCAUGUGCGUCGGGAAGUGUUAUGUAGACGGUGCUAAUGAUAUGGUGUGGUGCUUUGAGAGCCAUUUGUGCCAGAGGGAAAGCAUUAGGAGGUGCUGCAUUUGGAGCAUAGGAGGUCGUGCCCGGUGACUGAUAGUGCAGGUCAGCGGCUGUAGAAUUUGCCCAUGUCUCCCGUUGCGGAAUCGCAGGUGCUCGCGUUUCUCACCCAGGUGCGCAAUGAAGGGGGCGUAGUGUUUGCGGGGCUUGCAGAGAAGGCCUGGUUUGGAGCGGAUGAGGAUGCUGCAGAAGCUGCUUAUGAACUAGCUUGGGAGGUGUUACACGCAGGACCUUGGAAAGAUGUGCCUGUGGUAUGGCGUGACGCAUUCUCUCUCUCCUGCUUGUCUUUGGCAUCAUGCCACCACCGUGCCAACCGGGCAGUAGAAGCCUUGCAAGUUCUAGAUCACGGAGUGAUUAUGGGAGGCCCACUAUUUCGUGCUGAUAUCGAUAGCUCACUUCACAGCAUCAUCGCAGCUACAGGUACAACGGAGGGCUCUGAGACAUCAACUGGUUUACACCAAGAAAGUCAUCCACAAGGAGUAUCGCCGAAUGUGCAUGACAUACAUCUGAGCAGGUUUAAAGAGGCGAAAACGCGACGAGAAGUCGACAAGAGACUCUACUUCUGAUUUCCUUUUUCCUCCUAGGAGCGUAGUAGUCACGCACUUCUCUCUUAACAUCUUGUAGCUGACGUCUAAUGUUGUUAGUAACGAGGUAUGUCAUUCCUUUUCUUGUAGCCAUAUGACUUGAGUGUAGACAAGCGCAACACUUUAUCCGUUGUAAUAAAGUGGCAUGAAUUCAUGCUUCAAGCUUUUCAAUGUUACUUCAUAAUGCCUUUGAACGUA